UUCCAGAUGAGUGUGAUCUUCCAGCUGAUGGCUUUCUGCCUGGGUCUCCUCUCCACCCUCUUCCUGGUCAUAGCAACCUGCACCGAUUGCUGGAUGGUUAAUGCUGAUGAUAGCUUGGAGGUCAGCCUCAAAUGCCGGGGGCUGUGGAGGGAAUGUGUCACCAACGUGCAAGAUGGCAUCAGGACUUGUGACCAGUACGAUUCCAUUUUAGCAGGCCAUCCAUUGAAGAUCGUGGUGACGCGAGCACUGCUGAUCACAGCUGACAUUCUGGCGGGCUUGGCUUUGAUUACACUGCUGUUGGGUCUGGACUGCAUCAAGUUUCUCAAGGAAGCGCCCCAUAUCAAACUGAAGAUGUGCUACAUGGCUGGCUUAAUCCUUGGCCUUGGAAGUGUCCUUGGCAUGGUCGGCUCUGUGUGGUAUGCGGUUGAUGUCUAUGUGGAGAGAGCCACUCUGAUAUUACACGACAUAUUCCUGGGGAUCCACUAUGACUUCGGGUGGUCUUGCUGGCUGGGAAUGGUUGGUUCGACAGGUUGCUUUAUGGCAUCCAUCAUGCUAACCUGCUGCCUUUAUAUCUUCACAGAUGCUAGAUCCUCCAGGAGACCUCAAAGGUCCAUCUACCCCUCUGGAAGAACUGCCACUGGACAGAUGUAUAUGAUAAACUCCCGAGUCUAAUUAAGUAGCUACACCUCCAAGGAUACCUCCCUUCAGUCCCACUCUCUGUGUCUGCUGCUCUUCCAAAGUGACCAAACCUCCUGAAAUUGCCAGACAGAGCCAGACUGUUCUACGCAGCAUGGAUUCCUUUUCUUUGGAUUUGCUUUUGAAGUGGAGGCAUCAUGUCAGCUUCCAGUUUGUGACAGUGGCUUUUUGACAGUGAACAAUUAUCUCACUCAAUUUUCCAGAACCUUGAUGUGUUUUUAGGGUAAUUAAUGAAAGUUUCUGUAGCAUUCUGUAAGUGUAGCAUAGCUGCAAGGAGCUUUAAGGUACUUCACACAGAGGCUGGCAUCAUUUUGGCACGAUAUGGGCAUGUGUUGAA